CACGUAGAGAUCAUCGCUCCAGCCAGGCAGCGGGGUCGAUCUCGGCUCUUUCCGAGACCCGGGCCUGACAAUGGCGGAGAAGACUCAAAAGAGCGUGAAGAUUGCUCCUGGAGCAGUUGUAUGUGUAGAGAGUGAGAUCAGAGGAGACGUAACCAUAGGCCCUAGGACAGUGAUCCACCCUAAAGCACGGAUUAUUGCGGAGGCUGGGCCGAUAAUUAUUGGUGAAGGUAACCUUAUAGAAGAGCAGGCCCUCAUCAUAAAUGCUCAUCCGGAUAAUAUCAUCCCAGACACUGAAGAUCCAGAACCCAAACCUAUGAUUAUUGGCACCAAUAAUGUGUUUGAAGUUGGCUGUCAUUCCCAAGCCAUGAAAAUGGGAGAUAAUAAUGUCAUUGAGUCAAAAGCAUAUGUAGGCAGAAACGUCAUCUUGACCAGUGGCUGCAUCAUCGGGGCGUGCUGCAACCUGAACACUUUUGAAGCCAUCCCUGAGAACACAGUGAUCUACGGUGCAGACUGCCUGCGACGGGUGCAGACGGAGCGGCCACAGCCCCAGACGCUGCAGCUGGAUUUCUUGAUGAAAAUCUUGCCCAAUUACCAUCACCUGAAGAAGACAAUGAAAGGUGGCUCAACUCCAGUUAAGAAUUAAGUUGUGAGGAGAGUGAGCCAUCUCUGCCAGCUUCUGAAGGACUCAGUGCGUUAGCAUCAUAUUGACUUUAUUGGGUUACGGAUGUUAGCAUCAUGUUGACUUUACUGAGUUACGGAUACAGGUGGGUCCCCUUGUAACUACCUUUGUAAUUUAUAUGGAGUGUAUUGAUUCCCUGUCCUUGUUCUGGUAACUUAUAGACUCAGGUUAUCUUUUAUCAUACAAAAUAUUAGCGAGGCAUCUAUUACGUAAAAGACUACCUGUGAUAUUAUGUUCAUAUUAUUAUGUUUAUAUUCUAAUGUAACCAUGUACCAUAAUAACUAAAUAAAAGUUUGACUACUUGCAUUAAUCUUCCCAAA